GACUUUUAACGUCAAUAAAUUUCAAAAUGGUGUUUUAGUGUAGAUUAACUGUUGUGGUGUUCAUUUGUUUUCGCGACAAUCUACUUCAAUUUAACUCGGAGGUGCCAAGCACAGCCUGAAUCCUAAGUACAAUGCAUAAGAUAUAAUGAUAGUCAUUUUAUUCAUUGUAUGAUCGUUGUGAAAUGGUUAGCAGAAACAUUUCAACAUAUUCAAAGCAUGGUUGAAUUUUAUGGGUUUUAUUUCGUGAUUAGCACUUCAUAUUAUGCAACUUACUCUAUUAUCUUCACACGAGGACCAUUUUUAUAUUACUUGAAAUGCGUAUGAAACGGUUUCCUACCUUUUUGUCAUCGAAUAACCGACAAUCUAAAAGCUUUUUCUACCACCAGAAAUUGGAUAUAAAAGCUUCUGAAAAGAAAAUCAAGUCAGUCAAACGGAAGGUCCUUUCCGAUGAACAAAAAGAAAUACUCCAGUUGUAUCCCCACGCUAUAUCUCUUCGUCCUGAUCCUAAUACUUCUGAUUACCUUCUACAAACUAUAACCUUGCCAAUUAGUGGUUUAUUGUCAGCAACUGUUGAUCCUUGUCAAAAAAUUACUGUCUUCUUCAAUAGCAAUUCUCUUUUGUUUUUCUUACAUGAGGCUGAUGUGAAGGAAUACAUUAUUUUAGAUGCCGGGCUUGUUAUACCGCUACUUUAUGCUGCAUCUUCUUACUUUCUGCAGUGUCAUUACCGCGUGGGAUUGAAUUACAUAUGCAUGGAUGUUCACUUAAAGGAGUAUUUCAUCUCUGAAUCAUUUGAUUUUUCAACUAAGCCUAUUCCUAUCCAUCAGUAUGAAAAGCUAUAUGACUUUUUAACAUUACUACAUACAGGUGAUUUACACCUACCUCCAUCAUGUAAGUCACUUGUUUACGGACAUCACUGUGAAACUCAGUUUGAAUUUGUGACAUUGCUAAAGACCUUAUAUAAUAUCGCCCAAGAUUAUCACACCCAAACUAGAUUCGUAUGGGAUUCUCCUUCAUUUUCUCCACAGCAUCAGAAUCUACUCACAUGUUUGCGCUCUUACCAGUGUAAUGCGGUCAAAUGGAUGGUUCACCAGGAGCGUAAUGGAUUUUCGUUGGGAAACGAUGACUUGUUGGAGAAAAUAUUUAUGCCUAUGCGACUGCCAAACAACAGAAAGCUCUAUUUUUGUCUCUACUCUGGAUUAUUCACCAAGGAGUUACCUGCAAUUGAGUACACUAGUUCUGGUGGAAUUUUGGCGGAUGAAAUGGGUCUUGGCAAGACGUUGGAGGUUAUUUCCCUUAUUCUUACUCAUCCGUUAAAUGACUGGGACAAAGUAGGCGGUCAUUUACGAACACUUGAGGACAAACCUCUUGAGGCAAUGAACUGGAAGACCACUAGAAACGAUUCGGACAUAAUACAUGGGCAGGAUGGUAACACUCAACUACUCUGUAGUUGUGGUGGUGUUGAGGGAACCGAAAAGUUUGAUGUAGUCUACUGUUCAUUGUGCAAUGGUCCUGGCCAGCAUGCGACAUGCGUCCAAUAUAAUCCCAAAGCGUACAUCAGUCGCCUUCCAGUAAAAGAAGGAUAUAUAUGUCCACAAUGUUGGACCAAGACUCGAAUAUAUUCAAAAGCUACGCUUAUAAUCUCACCAGAUCAUAUUUGGCAACAGUGGAAAGAAGAGCUACAAACGCAUAUAUCACCCAGUGUAUUACACGUUUUGAUUUAUGCAGGUAUGGAGGCUCCUGUCACACCUGUUGAACUUGGGAUUCGUGGUUCUGUCAAAGAGCAGGGGAAUACAAAUCCUUUUGCUCCUCGUGUCCACACUGCUACAAAAGUAGUUUCGGAAAAUAAAAUUUGUGAAGAAACAAUCCUCCCCGGGUUUGUUCAACCCCCCCAGUUAGCAUGUGCUGACAUUGUUCUGACUUCGUAUUCUGUUGUUCAACGUGAAUUGGGUUGGGUUGAGGUUUUUGCUGAUCGUCAAGCUGGCCUUGGAGACAGACCAAAGUUGCGAGUGGCUCAGCGAUAUUUGUGUCGUCCUAGUCCACUUACCUGUGUCCGAUGGUGGCGGAUUUGUUUAGAUGAAGCACAAAUGGUAGAACGUGUCACAUCUAAAACUGCUCGCAUGCUUUCACAAAUCACAGCUGUUAACAGAUGGUGUGUUACUGGUACACCAGCCGAAAAGAGUAUAGAUGAUUUUUUCGGUUUACUUGCUUACCUCCGAGUUACACCGUAUUCAUUUUCACAUUACUGGAAUAGUUUGCUGUAUCAACCAUUCUUGGCCACGUGCUCUAACUCUUCAUGUACUGAUCAACAUGAAUCUGGAGAUGAUAUCAAACCUACUAUGAAUCAUUCAUUGAAUGAGUCGCUUGUUGCUAGCACGGAUUUAGGAAAGAUCAUUAGUCGACUUUUGUGGAGAAAUACCAAGGCACUUGUAGGUGACCAACUUGCUAUACCUUCACUUACCGAGGAAAUUCACUGGAUUGCAUUUACUCCUGUUGAACGAUAUAUACAUGAUCGCGUCUUGGCUCAAUCAGCUGGGGCAUUGGAGCGUUUGGUUCAGACCAUGUCAAUUUCACCUGAUGAGUUACUUUGCAGUUUACCUACAGCUGCACACUGUCGUUUGGUUUAUUUAAUUACUCGGCUUCGUCAAGCAUGCACACAUCCCAGUCUUGUUGUGGCUACUGGUGGGUCACAUGCAGGUAACCGUGGUGAUAGAAAUCGAGAACGACGUGCAAAUGGAUUACGGAAUUCUGAAAUGAUGCCGAACAUGGUACGUGUAGACCUCAACGAUGAUGAUCAAGAUUGUAAUAAUAUGGAAAGUUAUUCAGGAAAAAUGAAUCAUGCCCCAAGCGUAGCUGAUGCACGUGCCCAUCGUAAUUUGGGCACCGGGUGUUUCACAAUGACUGAAGUUAUACGACGAGUUGUUGAUGAGACUCGAAGAGAGUGCGAGGGACUCUUGCGUACUUGGGUAUUCAAUAAAAAUGGUGCUGCUGGUUGUUUCAUUAUCAAGAAUCAGCUCGUUCAGGCUGCUGACUGCUACAGAGAUGUUUUACGUUCAGCUGACAGCUUUGAGAGACAUCACGGUAUUCUCGCUGAUUGGAGUCAACGGCUUCAUGCAAUAACGAAUUUACAUUGGUUGAUUCAAACGCAGCAGGUCCCAAUACUAGAUGAACCUUUGCCUGUACUGCCAAAUAGGCCACCUUUGCUGCAAGGUACAUCAUGUUCCAUUGUUUCAGUACAUACUGAGAAAAGUGAAGACUUUAGCCUAGAAGGACUUGAUCCUCGUGUUGAUAGAGAUCUGUGUGCUAAAGCGGAACGCUUGCGAACUUCAUACAUCCAGAUGCAUUCUCAGUUACUGGCUAAGGUACGUGAGAAUUUAGAUCCAAUUGUAAAAGAAUUAGAUAGUGAACUUUGCUAUCCUACAACACAAGGUAAUUCUGGUAAUGUAACAGACAAAAUGGCUAGUAUUGACGCUGGAGGAUGGCUUAGUUGGCUCGCAGAAGCGAUUGAUUGGCUGAUUGCCUCUGGGUUGGGUAGCAGUUUGAUCGAUAUGCUAGUAGCAAGUUUUCAAAGUAGCCCAAAUAUGAAUCGAAGUGGAUUCAGAACAUCUUUACUUUAUACUGGUUCAGCUAUCAGCUUCAAGGCAAUGUUGUUAACUGAAUUGGGAGAGGUUUUUACAGCACGUAGACAAAUGAGAAUAGCUAUGCAACCUAUGGAAGACACUUGGAAAUCUUUUAUUAGUAGUCAUGACGUUGAUCGACGUAUUCUACAACCAUUCUUUGCCUGUUGUGCUAGAGCUUUUGAUGCAGAUGAAGAAGGGAGACGAAAGGAAGAUAAAAAGAAGAACAAAUCUAAGACAGAUGAUAAAACGAAGAAAUCGAAUUCUGAUAAUACACCUACUCGUCGUACACCGAAAAAGACACGCUGCGCUUAUUGCAACGCUUUAAGAGCAUUAUGUAAUUACCAACGUGCAUUAAAUCAUGAACGAGUGAAGUCUAUACCUAGUCGUCCAUCUAUAUUUGAAUUUGAUGCGCAAAGUAGUACAGAUUCAUUGGAAAAGUCAUCUGGUGUUACAGCCGCUGUAAACGAAUCCGGAACUGGUCUUAUUUUGAAUAAUCCAUUGGUUAUGUCAUUGUCUAUAAUAUGUCAACAGGUAUCUAAACUUUUAUCAUCUACUCCUGCCAGCGAACUUCCGUUUUCGAAAAUGCUGUAUCAUACAAAAGCUAAACGUUUGGAGCAAUUAAUCCGUUUAAUGGGGAAAGAGAUAUUACUAACUAGUCGCACCCAGUCAUUGACCAGAGAAUGGUGGAAUAUACAUGAUGAUACUGAACAGUUCGUCGUUCGUUUACAAGCCACCUGUCCAACGGAUAUGGCGUUUAUUCCUCAAGAUGAGGUAAUUUACUUCCUUGUUAAUUUUUUAGUUCCUAGCCAUUAUCUGUUAAUAGUUUUGAUCCAACAUCUGAGUAUUAUUGCAUUUUUACAGGUUGAUUCACAGUUACACACCUACAUAGUUGAGGCUAAUAUGAUUUGGCCGGGACUUCAGUCUCGCCUUGGACAUUUUAAUUUCUUAAGAAAUGCCCAUUUAACAGCAGUAACUGGUUUUUCUUCAAGUGAUGACAAUAAUGCUAACGGUGAACAAUCAAGAACUCGUCCACUUGAAUGUCCUACCUGCUUACAAUUACACUCACCAUCUAAGCCAACAUUUGUUUUACUUCCUGGGUGCUGGCAUACUCUAUGUGUCACUUGUCAUGACCGUAUAGCUUCAUCAAGUCAGAUCACUCAACGACGUUGUCCAAUAUGUCGAACACCAUUCCAAUCAACAGAAACUACAGGUGUAAAUGCUAGACGCAGGCGACCUUUAACACUCAUUCAUUAUGCUGGAAACAAAGCAAAUCAAGAAAACUCAAUGAAAUCUGAAGAGGCAGAAGAAGACUUGAAUAUAGUGGGUGAUCAUAGUACGAAAGUGAGAGCUGUUAUCCGAUGUUUAAAAUUGAUCAAACGUAAUGAUCCGGAUGCGAAAGCUAUCGUUUUCAGCUCUUGGUUAUCUGUCUUAGUGACACUAGCUGGUGCAUUAGAUCAGAAUGGAUUGGCCUAUACAACUUUAUUUCAUGCUCGUGAUGCUUGUUGUCCAGGAAGAUUAGCUGGUUUUCAAUGCUUUGGUUCUACAACAUGGAUCCUUUUGAUGCCGGUUCAAUUAGGUGCUAAUGGCUUAAAUUUAACUUCAGCAAAUCAUGUACUUUUUAUUGACCCUGUAUUGUCACAUGCACGAGAGGCUCAAGCAGUAGCACGAAUACACAGAAUUGGACAAACAAGACCUGGAGUUGUGCAUCGUUUCUUGGUCAAAGAUAGUAUUGAAGCAGCCUUGCAUGCAUCACACUCUCGAAACAUAAAAGUUGACCCAUAUAAUCUAGAUACAGAAUGUAUGAUUGGUGCUGGUGCACAACGAACAAGUUCUACCAGUUCAGGAGUUGCUGGACCCAGUGAAGAUAGAGCUCAAUUAAUGCGUAUGACAAUUGGACAGCUUACAGAAUUGUUACACUUUGAGUGCAAUACUGCUAUGCUAGCAGAUGAAAUGAAACUGCCAUCAUUUGACUUAAUUUAAUGUUAUUUAGUUGCUUUCAUUUAGCAUAACGUGUCUUUUAUAUUGUUUGUUGUUGUUUUUGUUUAUUAUUGAUAUGUUAGUCAUGAUAUUCCUUUGUGUGAAUUAAAUUACUUACCGAUAGAAAUCAUCAUAUUCAUGUAUGAAUUCUGUUAAUCAUCUGUGUUUUAUCUCACUUCAAAAUCAUGAAAUCGGUCAGUAAUUUAACACAUAUCAAGUAUGUACUAACUUUACACAUGAAUUUUACUCUAUCGAUAUCGUUGUGUACUGUUUUUUAUAAGAAAUCUGUGGAUAAAAAAUAAAACUGGAUUCC